AUGCCUGAAUACAUAGACCUCAUAUCCUCCGAUCCUCCCGAUUCCACAAAACGCCCACAACCGCAACAGUCAGGCGAACUUCCAUCGCGGCGUCCAUCCUACCAGCUCAACCCGAUUUCGUCAGACCCAUUCGAUUCGUCACUGUUCAACUACGAUGAUGUUGUCUUCGACAAGCCCGCCAAAAAGCGGAGGGUAAGUGAAGAAGCUACUUCAUCGCUAGGCCAAACUAGCAAAGCGAAAGAACCCCGAGCUCCAGCAUCUGCAGCGGACCCGUGGUUUGCCAUCUCCGACGAUGAUUUCGACCUGCCGCCAUUGGACGCCGCGGCGCAGAAAAAGCCAUCUCAGUCGCGCAUUGAAGAGUCCGAUCCAAUCGUUUUCACGUCUCCGGCUCCAGGCCCUAUACCCAAACUUCCGGCGUCGCGCAAUCCGAAGAACCCGAGUCGCGGUGAUUUUGCCCUCGAUGACGAUGACAUUUUGGACUUGGACAAACUCCCUCCGUCGAGCCUAAGAGGACGCAGUGAUAUUGAGGAAUUUAGUGAUCCUUUUGCUUUGCCGGAAUUUGUCGACCUAUUGGAUCAGUCCGAACUUCAUCAAGCGAAGAGUGCUUCUAAUCCUCUAUUCUCCUCGGCAACUGCUCGUCUUCUUGCUGGAAUCGGCAAUGACGGUUCGAACGCAGCCCCUGGCUCUCGAAAGUCGAAGGGCAGCGGCCAGUCUACGGCUACGGACAUCUACCUUGAUGAUAUUGAUGAGCCCGUAGCUCCUCGGAAACCAGCGAAGAAGACAAGCAAAGUUGACCCCGCCGAUAAGGAAGCCAAGGCGCGAGCACGGGUGGAAGCCAAGUUGCAGAAAGAGCGAGAUCGCGAAAUGGAAAAAGAGCGCAAACAGAAGCUUAAGGAGGACAAGGCGAAAGAGAAGCAACGGGCUGCCGAUGUCGCAAGCGUUAACAAACUCAAAGUGAACAAGAAAGACUCCACGCCAGAGAUGAUCAUUGACAUAGCGACUUCUUUUGAGGAUAGCAGUGUGGGAACUCAGACCAUCGAGUUCAUGAAACGACUCGGCGUCCAGCAGACAUUUUUUGCGAGCCCAAUUCCCAAUGUAAUCAAAUGGCGCCGCAAAAUGAAUGCCACAUACAACAGGGUUGCACGACACUGGGAACCAUGUCCAGCAUUUAUCCAAAAAGAAAACCAUGUCCUGUGCCUCGUGCCUGCGCAAGAUUUCAUCGACAUGAUCACCCCAACACCAAUCGGCGAAGAGAGAGAAUCACUAGAGCAGCACGUUCUCCGACUCAAAGCCGUCUAUUCAGACUGCAAACCAAUAUACCUAAUCGAAGGAUUGACAGCGCUAAUGCGCAAGAACCGCAACGCGCGAAACAGAGCAUUCCAAGCCGAAGUCCUGCGCCAAUACUCAGAAACUGCCGCACCAGAGCCUACGACAACCACAGGUCGAGGCCGCGGACGGAAAACAAAGAAAAUCACAGACCCUGCAACCCUCAUAGAUGAUGAGUCUGUCGAAGAUGCUCUCCUCGAGCUACAAGUGACGCACUCCUGCCUCAUCCACCACACAACUGCGCCCCCCGACUCAGCAGAAUGGAUCAAGAAUUUCACAGAGCACAUCUCGACAGUUCCGUACCGUCGAGAACGCCAGGAAGCACACAAUGCUGCGUUUUGCAUGGACGUCGGACAGGUCAAGUCUGGCGUAGACAAGCAUGACACCUUCGUCAAGAUGAUGCAGGAGGUUAAUCGCAUUACUGCUCCUAUGGCAUAUGGUAUUGCCGGUCAGUACCCCUGCGUCACGGAUUUGGUUCGUGGUAUGCGCAUGCAUGGUAAUAUGAUGUUGGAGGAUAUCAAGAAAUCCGCGAACAAGAAUGGUUCGUUGACGAAUGCGCGUAUUGGGCCCGCUGCCAGUAGACGUUUGUACAAAGUCUUUACAGGUUUAGAUCCUAGUUCGACGGAUGUCUAG